AUGAGCGGGGUCCGGGUCCCGAGCGGCGCCCUGGGGAGGCGGCCGCGGGCAGCAGGAGCCCCCGUCCCGGUCCUGCUGCUGCUGGGGCUGCUCCUGGCCGCCGCCGCGGGAUGCGAGCAGGAGUCCGGGGACGUGGCCGGGGGCAGGAGAAGAGGCGGCGCCUCCGCGGCAGAGUCCCCGGCAGUGAUGACAGAUACCUGUAGUUCAUUGAGUCCACCAUGCUUUACUGAGGAGGACCGAUUCAGUCUGGAAGCUCUCCGCAUGAUCCACAAGCAAAUGGAUGAUGACAAAGAUGGUGGUAUUGAAGUAGAUGAAAGCGAUGAGUUUAUCAGAGAAGACAUGAAAUAUAAAGAUGCUUCCAAUAAACACAGUCAUCUGCACAGAGAAGACAAACAUAUCACCAUUGAGGAUCUGUGGAAACGCUGGAAAACCUCUGAAGUUCACAACUGGACUCAAGAGGAGACUCUUCAGUGGCUGGUAGAAUUUGUUGAAUUGCCCCAGUAUGAGAAGAAUUUUAAAGACAGUAGUGUCAAAGGAACAACACUUCCCAGGAUAGCAGUAAAUGAACCUGCUUUUAUGAUCUCUCAUCUGAAAAUCAUUGAACGGAGCCACAGACAGAAACUUCAGCUGAAGGCAUUGGAUGUUGUUUUAUUUGGACCUCUCGCACGCCCAUCUCACAACUGGAUGAAGGAUUUUGUACUAGCAAUUUCUAUAGUGAUUGGUUUUGGAGGCUACUGGUUUGCACAUACUCAGAACAAGACCUCAAGAGAGCACAUCACAAAAAUGAUGAAAGAUCUAGAAAGCCUCCAGACAGCAGAGCAAAGCCUUCUUGAUGUGCAGGAGAGGCUUGAGAAGGCACAGGAAGAAAACAGAAAUGUUGCUGUAGAAAAACAAAACCUGGAGCGCAAAAUGAUGGAUGAAAUCAAUGAUGCAAAACGAGAAGCUUAUCGACUAAGGGAGUUGAGGGAGGGAGCUGAAUGUGAGCUGAGCAGACUCAAGUAUGCAGAGGAGGAGCUAGUACAGGUUCGCAUGGCUUUAAAGAAGGCCGAGAAGGAGUUUGAGCUGAGAAGUAACUGGUCUGUUCCUGAUGCAUUGCAGAAAUGGCUCCAAUUAACACAUGAGGUUGAAGUUCAGUACUACAAUAUUAAAAGACAAAAUGCAGAAAUGCAGCUAGCGAUUGCUAAAGAUGAGGCAGAAAAAAUUAAAAAGAAGAGAAGCACUGUAUUUGGGACAUUACAUGUUGCACACAGCUCCUCCCUAGAUGAGGUGGACCACAAAAUCCUUGAAGCAAAGAAAGCACUCUCUGAAUUGACGACAUGUUUGCGAGAGCGUCUCUAUCGAUGGCAGCAGAUUGAGAAGAUCUGUGGCUUUCAGAUAGCACACAACUCAGGAUUACCAAGCCUGACAUCCUCUCUCUACUCUGAUCACAGUUGGGUGGUGAUGCCCCGAGUCUCCAUUCCACCUUAUCCAAUUGCUGGGGGAGUUGAUGACUUAGAUGAAGACACCCCUCCAAUAGUUGCACAAUUUCAUGGGACCACUGUAAAGCCUCCCAGCACAUUAGCAAGAAGUAGUAGUGUGUGUCGCUCAAGGCGAAAUGUUGUGCCACCAUCUCCACAAUCUCUGCAUACUCAACGUGCUCAACAUACGCCACAUACCUUGCAUUCCCCUGACCCUGACAUCCUGUCAGUGUCAAGCUGCCCUGCUCUUUAUCGUACUGAGGAGGAGGAAGAGGCAAUUUACUUCACUGCUGAGAAACAAUGGGAAGUACAGGAUGCUGGUUCAGAGUGUGAUUCCUUAAACUCAUCCUUUGGAAGAAAACAGUCUCCUCCUUCAAGUCUUGAGAUGUACCAACCUCUAUCUCCACAAAAGGUAUCCCGGGAGGAACUGUCGCUAGAGGAAUCAUCCACAGGAGACUCCUCAUCACUAACUGCAGACAUUUCUAGGGGUUCUCCUGACUGCCCAGGUCUAACAGAAACUAAAAGCAUGAUAUUUAGUCCUGCGAACAAAGUGUACAAUGGCAUCCUGGAGAAGUCCUGCAGCAUGAACCAGCUUUCUAGUGGGAUCCCAGUUCCAAAGCCUCACCACACCUCCUCUUCCUCAGCCAGCAGUGAAAGUAAACCCAUUCAUGAAGUCUCCAUUGUCCCUAGGAUCAGCAGCAUCCCACAGGACCUAUGCCAGAACGGCGAGAAAAACAAAAAGCCAUCAAAAAUUAAAAGCCUCUUUAAGAAAAAAUCGAAGUGAGGCACAGAGAAGUAACCCAUAACAGUGGCAAAGUUAGGCAUCCUAAACUUCAGGAACAUAAGUUCCAUUUGGGUCUUCCAGACUGGACAUCAUAGUGGAAUGCCCUGUAGGUCAACUGUCUACUAUUUUAAAUGAUCCUAACAUUAAAGAUCAUGCCAGCUGUUAAUGAGAAAUCAAAAAUUCAGACAGUUCAGUUUUUUCUGCCUAUUUAUUUCUGCUUUGUUUUUAGUUAUAGAUAACUUUUUUAAAAUGCCACUUUGGACUGACAAGCUUUAAUGGACUAGUAAGCCUGCAUGGGCUUGCCAAAAUUUCUUGUUUACCACAUCAUCUUCAUAUCUUUCCACAGAGCUAUGACAUUUACUUACUGAACUUAAGUAACUUAAAAGAUGUAAAACUAAUUAAAUUGCACUACUGUUUUCCAGACUGGAAAAGUAUCUUUGCAAGUGAAACUACGAUUUAUAAAUGACUGAGGAGAUGGGUCUUUACACUUUUAGAUCUUUUGGGAUUUUUAAGUAGAACCUAGGAUUUCUAAUUGACUUGAUUUCUGGAAAUGGAAACCCCACACUUUUAUUAUGGGAUGCUUCCUUAGAUUCAUUUAUUAUUAGAACGGUUCAAGUCCUGCUGUAAAGAUCAUUUUUUCCCCAGGGCUUUCACUGUGAUUUUACUGCAUUGCAGGCUGUAUGAUAAAAUAUAUAGGUAAUUUAACAAGAGAAGAAGCUCUUGAUUCCUUAUGCAAGUGAUGGAAUGAAACUUGAUUGAAGGACUUAAAAAAUUCACAUGCUUACAGUGGGGAGGGGGAGAAUACAGCCCUUGUUUACAGACUUUGACAGACAAAGGAUCUUUGGUGUAUGAAAAUGUGUAGUAUGGUAAAGAUAAUAAAUUGGAGACAUUCUUGUGCUUGUAAUUGUUCUGAUUUUAGCUGAUGUUCUCUUUCAGACAUAUUCCUGAGGACCUGUUUGUUGAACCUGCUAUAGGCUACGUUGCUUAUGCUUAUAAGUGUAUAAAUUAUUUUUGUUAUUAGCUUUUAACAAUGUCUUUAUGUCCCUUUGUAGGAUUUCAUACUGUUUAAUUUUGUAUAGUUUGAGAAGUUAGUUGUUCAGACAUGUCUGGUUGAAGUAAAUGGUCUAUUAAUUUUAUAACGUACAUAGACUAUUGUGAACUAGUGUAAUUUAAAGACUUUAAAGUGAGAAUCAAGACAUGCUUCAGAUAAAGCAGGCUUUUACAUUAAACAAGCUUUUAUCAUAAGGCAUUAAAUUACCAUUGGGUAACAAAGAAGCCUUCUUAGGAAAACAGUGGCUAGUUGUUCAAAACCAUCACCAUUUUUUACAUUUAGAUGAACAAAAUGUACUGAGUAACAGUGCCUUUUUUAUUCCGUUUGUCUGUCUGAAAAUGUUUACUGCUGAGCAACAGUUUUCUUUGAGGUGAAUUCCAAAGAAAUAUUUUUGCUCUAGUGAACACAAGCAAUUUAUCCUGUGAUGACUAGAUCUCUUCAGUUCUGCUAUGGGGUUGUGUUAGUGGCCUCAGUAGCUGCUGCUGUGACUGGACUUCUGUGAUUAGGAGUUCAAACCUUGCCAGUACACACAUACUGUACUGUAGAAAACAAUGAAUUCAUUGACUGCCUAAACAGAUUGCUGGUAAGGAGACAUUAACAAAACCUUUAACCAUUUGUUUAAACUUGAAGCAAUACAUAACUUUCCUAUUUUUGCAUGAAGGUCCCAUUAUAUGGGAUUUCUCUUUGUUUAUAUGCAUUUGCAAGACAGUGGUGGUAUUUUUAGCAGAAACCUUUACUAUGCCCUAUGAAAAAAUAAAGAAUAUCAGAAUUACCAACUGAAGUUAAUAUGUCCAGAAAAGCAGCAUCUCUUCUGUGUUGGGGCUUUUAAGCAUAGUUAUUUCAUAUUUCUGUUACUGGUUGUUUAUUGUUAAGUUUAGGCAGCUUGCCAUCUCAGACUUAUCCAGAAUAUAAUUCACUACCCCUGCUGCUAACCUGGCUACUCUGGAGGCAUUACCCCUUAUCCUUCUAAAGAAGAUUUUGAACAAUGCCACCCUGUUAAAGCUCAUAAUUUAAAUAUCUGAUCAGACAGAUGGGUGGCUCUCGGAACCUUGGUUGCCCUCCAGGCUAGUGCAACCAGACUUUAGAAGUUGCUUGCCAGGAGAAAAAGCUCAGUUUUGGUCAUUGAUGUUGACAGUGGAUUCUUCCUGGCAAACUGCUUCAGCAAAUCCAACCUUCCUGUGGAGGGAUAUGGCAUAUGUCCAUAUCCUGUAGAUAGAGGGGUGUGGUGUACUUCAAAUGACCUACAGGUUUUCCUGUGCUUAGCUAACUGUGUCUUUCCACUUCAACUAUUUGGAUUGGCUGACAGUCAAUGAGUCCAAUUGGCAAGGCAACCAUUGAAGUGCUCUUGGAGACUUGCCAGUCCUCCUAGACAGCCUUGAAUGGCACAGGACUCUCUGACGCUCUCAGCCAAUAUUGUCUCUGUGAUCAGAGUGGCUCCUGAGAUAUCUGUCUAAAAUCAUGCUCUGAGGAUUAUCUGAAGUAGGAGAUAAGGGUUUUUUAUUUUAUAUAUUAUGAUGGUGCCCAGAGGCCAUGAUCAGGAUUGGGAGCCCAUUGUGCUAGGCCCUGUAAAUAGGUAGGCCCCCCUAAAAAGCUUACAAUCCAAGAACUCAAGUAACAGAGUAGGGAGAAAGGAGGCUAAAUAUGCCAUUUUAUAGUCAUAAAUAUAUUUGUAUAGACUCAAACAUAUCUCAGGCAGGUUACAUUAAAACAUGUUUUCCAGUGGGUGAUGCCUUUUCCCAUCAGACUUCCAGUGAAUAGGGUUAGAUGGGGAGAUGCAUUCAGUUCUACUUGCUGAAGCCAGUCUGGAGAAUCACUUGAUGCCACAUAGCUGCUUCUCCAGGGACCUCCUGUGUAUGUGUGUUUGCAUCUCUUCUUGCAGAAGGUUGCUGAAAGAGUAGGACAAACAAGGUUUGCUGACCUUUUCCAACUGUUCCUCAGCAGAAGCUGCCACUAUUUCAGGUUCCAUGUGCCUUCUGCUCAGAAUAAAAUUAGGCAUAUUAUGUACCUGAUAGCUAGGUGCAUGAGGUUAACACUGCAAGAGGAAGGAGUUUCUGAAAGGUAGCUAUAUCCUGCUAAAUUUGAGAGACUGUAGUGUCUGUUACUACUUCUGGAUAGUAUGGACAAAAACAUUCUACUGGUGACAGCCUAAGAACACACUGUUAUUGGUGUACCUCCAGAUAAGUCCUUCUCUGUAGCAAGGGUUUCAUGUUGGCAUGAGUUGGCAUGCUCAAAGUUUAUGGCUCAACUCUCGUUUGAAGUUUCAGUAGAUGGUGCUUGUCCCCUAAUCUACAUUUUUGAGACCCUUUCUUUAAACUCUCCAUGAAGACAGACGUGAUCUGAAGCUGCACCUUUAGAUCUUAGAUAAGAUUUAUUUUGAAGCUGUUACUUUAACAAUAUUAACCUUUAAAGUAUUCCCAAUUGCUCUGUCUGCCAGAUAAACAAGCUUUUCUGUCUACCAUCUUGUUUAUUUUAUCAGCCAAUUCUUGCUCUUUCACAAAUACAAAGUGGUUUUGCAUGCUAUUCCACUCUUUCUGCACAACUGUGAAACUUGAGUUUUGCCAGCACCAGAGAAGUAUGUUUUGCGUGUAUGCCCUUUCCUCUAGUGCAGUGGGAGAGUCAGUCCCACUCUUUGGACAUUAAAAGGGCUUAUGAAGGUGCAUAUUAGUGUAGAGUACAAGAGUUUGAGCAGAGAAACUUAGAAUCUUUCUCAUUCCAGGGGGCAAGAAAGGGUUCAAAAAUGUCUCCAAGCAUGAAUAGAAGUAGUACAUGCUGCCCUGGGGGGUGACAGGCCUGUACCUGUUACACUCUCCCUACUAGAUCAGCCUCUGCUUCUUGGGCACAUAGAAGUAAAACCUUUCCUAAUAGUCUUUCUUAUUCAGAUUUAAACCUAAUUCUUUCCAUAUGUAUUUUGCUUGCUUUCUAAUUGCUAUGACAGAACCUGUGGUGGGAGAAGUGUGUAAAUUUAAUCAGGAGCACUUUUUUUUGUUUUGUUAACGAUAUAUAGAUGAAAACCUAGCAAGUUGUGAACUGACCUGAACCAAGGCAUAUACAUCCCACCCUUUGAUUUAACAGCUUGUUUGUUGCCUUUGACUAGAUGAAGAAGCGAAUUACUUUAUUUGCCUUGUAUAUUUCCGACCCACUCUUCUGCACAGAACAAUACAGAUGCACAUAUUUUCAAUAAGUCUCUUUGGUGGGGGGGAAGGUAUAGGUACAUUUAUAUAUGUAUAUUAUUACCAAAUCACAGGUUGGAUGGUGGAUUGAAUUUAAAUGUAUUAAUAUCUGAAUGGAAGGCAAGCACAACUAAAGCCUGACUCUGUGUUCCUUAUCUCAAGCCUGUAAAAAUAUAAAUAUUUUUGUAAAGCUGAAACAUGGCCAGUCCUUGGAUACCAACAUAAAUCUUUCUUUCAGUACAGUAGCAACCAACAAAGACCUAGACAGUUUAACUAUAUGCACUUUAAUUCAGAAUAAUACUCUGAAUUCUGCCAUGCUGGGCUGAUGCUUCCCCCACCUCCACAUACCAAGUGCAAACUCUGCUGCACUGUACUUGCUCUUAGCUCCUGGAGGUUAUACAUUUACCCAUUAAAUUAAAACAAGCAACAAGGUCUGAGAUUUCCCCCGUCCCUGUAUAUAUAUUCACGCACAGUACUUGCAUAAUCCACUGCAUGUCACUACUGCUUUAAAAAAAUGCAGCUGGAGUAUUUAUUUGGCAUUGUGCGGCAUGUUACAUUUCAUUCACCAUUACAAGUUUACCCUGUCUCCCAUUAGUGUGAUUGGUUUAUCACUGGAAGUGAUUAAGUUUUGGGAAUUAAAUCUUUGUUCACAUUUACAGUCACUUUUCUGAGAUUCUUCUGAGGAAAAUGUCACUCUUGGAGGUUUGCUGUACAGUGUCUUCCUGUUUUUUAUUCUUAUGGUUUUGCUUCAUUUCGUAAAUGGAUAAUGAUUUUUAAUGUGUCACAUUUAAUGUCUGAAUAAACCUGAAAUUUGACAAGU